AUGUCUAGAAAACCUCCAGCAGAACCCCUGGUGGUUGUGCUAGGAUCAACGGGCACGGGCAAGUCAGAUUUGGCAGUUGAACUUGCAACUCGGUUGAAUGGUGAAAUCAUCAACGCCGAUGCUAUGCAGUUGUAUAAUGGACUGCCAAUCAUCACCAAUAAAAUCACCACUGAAGAACAGCGUGGCAUUCCUCAUCAUCUUCUUGGACAUAUUUCUUUGGAUGAGCAACCAUGGGAUGUUGAUGAUUUCAAGAGGGAAGCGACUCGGACAAUACGAGAGAUUCGUGGCCGAGGACGGUUGCCCAUUCUCGUCGGUGGUUCACAGUAUUAUGUCGACCCCAUACUCUUCAAAGAGGUUAUUCUGGACGACAUAGACCUGGAUAUGUCCAAGUCAUUUCCAAUCUUGCAAGAGUCAGGCGAAGUUAUGCUCCAUGAAUUACGAAAGGUUGACCCUGUCAUGGCUGAUCGAUGGCACCCCAAGGAUCGUCGCAAGAUCCAGCGAUCCCUGGAGAUUUACCUUCGGAGCGGCAAAAGAGCAUCCGAAUACUAUGCCGAGCAACAAGCUCGAAAAGAAGCAGCCCAGCAAGACGCCAACAAGCAGCCCUGGGAGAAUCUGCUAUUCUGGGUCUACUCGGAACGAGAUGUCCUGCGAGAUCGUCUCGAUAAGCGAGUCGAUAAGAUGCAGACGAGUGGACUCAUGGACGAAGUCCGAGAACUUUACGAAUUUAAGAAUAAAAAGGAAGCGGAAGGCCAGCGUCUCGACAUGACAAAGGGGAUAUGGCAGUCAAUUGGAUAUAAGCAGUUCGAGCCAUACUUGUCUGCUGUUGACGAGGGGCGAGAGGCUGCAGAGCUCGAGAAAUUGAAGAGCACAGGACUGGAAGAGAUGAAGUCGGCAACGAGGCGAUAUGCUGUCUAUCAGACUCGCUGGAUUAGACUGAAGCAGAUUCCGCGGAUACGUGAGAUUGGCCCAGAAGCUAUGAACAACAUGUAUCUUCUGGACAGUACGGAUGUCUCUGCAUAUGGCCAGAACGUCGUUGAGCCGGCCGUAAAGUUGACUGAACAGUUCCUCAAAGGCGAAGAACGUCCGUUACCGACUGAGGUUUCGUCACUUGCGAACGAAGUCCUUACACAAGUUGGCAACCCACCACCAAAAGCAACACCAUGCAAACGUACAUGCGAAGUCUGCCAUACAGUGUUAAUGACAGAAGAGGCAUGGAAACAGCAUUUAAAAAGUUCAACUCAUCGACGGGUUGUUCGCAAGAAAGCUAGAACGUCUUUGGUACCAGUGGAAAAAGUGCCCGAGGGCAAAGAUGAAGGAGAUUCUGGGCCAGAGCUGGGGUCCAUGUUUUCAGAGUGA